CUCGAUCACUUGCAAACAUUGGCAUAGCUAGCAUAGACGAAGCCAUGGCUUCCCGUGCCUUCGCUGCGCUGCUCACCGUGGUAGCAUUUGUAGGCUUUGCUUCAGUUCCCCGUGCUCUGGCAACUGAUCCGACCCAGCUCCAAGACUUCUGCGUUGCUGAUAACAACAACCAAGUGUUGGUGAAUGGGGUGGUGUGCAAGAACGCAAAGGUGGUGACGGCGAACGACUUCUUCUUCCACAUAAUGCCCCAGACCCCUAACGCGCAGGGAUCGGGGGUUGCGGCGGUGGCGGUGGACAAGCUCCCGGGUCUGAACACGCUGGGCAUCUCGCUGGCGCGCAUCGACUUCGUCCCCGGCGGGCAGAACCCGCCGCACACGCACCCGCGGGGUUCCGAGAUCCUGACCGUGAUCCAGGGCACCCUGCUCGUGGGGUUCGUGACCUCCAACCAGCUGCUGAACAACACGCUCUUCACCAAGCAGCUGGUGGAGGGGGACGUGUUCGUGUUCCCGCAGGGGCUCAUCCACUUCCAGCUCAACAACGGCAAGAGCCCCGCCGUGGCGAUCGCGGCGCUGAGCAGCCAGAACCCCGGGACCAUCACCAUCGCCAACGCCGUGUUCGGGUCCAAGCCGCCCAUCUCGGACUUGAUCCUCGCCAAGGCGUUCAUGCUCGAGAAGGACACCGUCGACUGGGUCCAGCAGGCGUUCGGCGCGGCCGCGGUCGGCGGCGGCGGCGGCAUGCCGGGCGGCGGCGGAUAUCCCGGCGGUGGCUACCCCGGCGGCAACGGAACCGGCGGCGGGUACCCCGGCGGGCCAGGGUACCCGUAAGGCCGACGAGAGCACGCUGCAUGAGUGCAGAUGCUGAUCAGGCCGGCCGUCAUACAAGUAUAGGCCGACCACACACGUAGUGUGUACUAAGCUAUAGUAUGUGCGCGCAAUGCGCUUGUGUUGAUCGAGGAGUAGUAGCUCUCGAUCUGGUUGAAUAAUUUGUGGCGAAACCGCGCCACUGUACCACAAACUUUACUGUUGCAUUCCCUCCAUACGAAAUAAACUAAAAGUUUCAGUGUCUCA